UGUUGCCGCUCAUUCCGGCUCCCCGAAACUGUGUGCGGAUAUCGAAAGACGGCCAUCCUCGUCAUAGCCAGGAGACGCGCGAGCGGUCAUGGACCGCGUUGCCUGACGACAAUCCCUUAUAAUGUCUGGUCCAGACGCCUGCGUCCGAGACACGCAGAACAGCCCUCCUGCUAGCCGACAGUCCUCCCCCGAGAUACUUGCCAUAAACGCGCCUUCAGCCGUGAGGCAAACGCGCGAGAAAUUACAGGGCCCGGGCACGCCACGCCAGGAGACACCCCCUAUGGGAGAGGUGCCUGCGCACGACGAACUCUCCGCCUCCUCCUCCGCCUUGAGCCAGAUGUGGUGCCGUCGGCUGAAGUGUCUCUUGAAUCGAGCCAAGGAGGAGCUGAACCAGGAGUCAAACAGGCAACUGAGAGAAGGAGAGACAGAAGAAGACAGGUUCAAGGUCGUGGUGGAGACGCUGCACAACAUCGAGAAGAUCUCGGGCUUGUUUGUUACCCAGCUGGGCAUUGCAGACCCUCUCGAUGAAAGCCGGCAGCUGGCUGGCGAGUCUGCAUCUAAUGCUACGGAAAAGCCGGAGGAGGAUCGCCCUGGUUUGCCCUUUGAGAGAUUUAUGGCCAGGAAUCCGACCAACGACACGAGCCCUGAAGACGGGCAUCUCUAA